AUACGAGUGAGUAGCAUUGGGUGGGGUUCAUUAGUGGAGUCAAAUAUCGGGUAAAAAAUGAAGAAUAUAUUGUCUUCCAUUAUUUUUUCUGCGCUGAUCUCUGUGGAAUGCGACCCACACCGGUUGACUAACACCUAGGUACCUACAUACUACUAGGUAAACGGGCAGCAAGUGUGAGGAACUAUGCCCAGUGUUUCCACCUGUGCCAGGGAUUGAAUCAUGGUCACUCAGUAUGUACGCUUCCAGUAUCUGGUGCUACAGAUGUGUUGGCUCCCAUCCAGGAUGUGGAUUGUAUGACUUUGAUUGGCGCUAUUACUGGAGUUACAGCUGUCCAGAUCCUGAAGACAAGUGUGUCAAGAUCAUAGAACAGAAGGGAGUGGAUGUCAUGGUGACGCGUGACUGCCUUAGCAAUCUGGAGGGUCAUCGUAGAGAUAUCCCAGCUGACCGGUAUGAAGGCUGCCGCCGCUCUGCCAAAGAUCCCAUGCUUGGAGAGUACAUAUUCCCUUCCAUCCCUGAGAUUGACCAUAAGAGAGAACAUUACACCAAUGUUACCUUCUGCUUCUGUGACUUUGAUGAGAGAUGCAACAGUGCUGCCAGUUUGAUGGCCAGUAUGAUCUUGCUGAGUGCUUUGGCCUUCAUGCAUAUCUCCAUUUGGGGAUAGUAACUUUUGUACAGUUACAAGAUGAAAUGAUGAUUCUAACAGAAUGGUAUACACACGAUGAAUAAAGGAGUGGUGUGCUUAUCAUUGAUAGAGAGUAAAUGGAAGGAAGUGGAUCAGAGGACUUGAAUCUGAAACAGCAUAUUAAUAUGAGGUAAUAUAUAUUUUUGUCAUUUGUAUGUUGUUGCUGAUCAGUAGUAUAUAAUGACUUAAAUUUUGUUACUGCAUUAACUCUGCUGUUUGAAAUACAGUAAUUUUUGCUAAUCUCAGAUAUACAGUAUUCCAUGUGUAUGCAUAUUUUUCAUAAUUGAUUUUUUAAAAUGCAGUUGCAGAGUUUUAUAUUUAUUUUUAAAAGGGACCAUUCUAGUUAAUUCAUCCGUCCAUUAUUACUAAUUAUCCGUCCAGUGUUCUCAAGUUAGUGAUAAUGUCGGCAGUUGCAUUUGUACUCAUGAAUGCCACUGCCUCCUUUCUUCCUCUGAAAGUGGUAUCUGGAAUCACUUGAAGAUUAUUGUUGUGCAAAGCUCAAAGA